AUGUGCUAUCAACUUAUCCAAAUAUUUGACUGUGGCCACAAUAACGGAUCAACGCCUAUUCGAUGCAGAAACCCAACGAGCAAAUGUGGUGAAGUUUUUCUCAAACAAGAAUUAGGAGAGAUUACAGGGCUAUGUGCAUCGUGUCGAAAACCAGAGAAGACAAGAAAGUCUAAGGUAGAGGCGGAGGCGGGGGCGGAGGAUGAAGGGUACGAAACUAGCAAUGUCUGA